ACAGAUCGCCUCCAUCAUUCUCCCAAAAAUUUUGGUACAAAGAAAGACCACUUCCAACUCUGGUCUGGUCUGGUCAGGUCUGCAAGAAUUACCCAAAGUCUCCUCCUUUUCUCCAUUGCCAAUUCAAAUUUACUUUCCCCUUUCUUCCCACCAUUGAAAGAUUUCUCCUGAAUCUGUUCCAGCAACCCAUGUAUUAACAAACCCUAGAUUUCAUUACCCUGAUUCACACCGCACAGAUGAUGAUGACGGCAUCUAUGCAGCACCGAACUUCCACCGAAGCUCUAAUGGCUGCCGUCAUAUUGACUCAAUUCACAAAAUUUUAGAAGGACUACUUCAUCUUCGAUUUUGUCACUUUCGUUCGAGAAACGGUGCAUUUGUUCACUUCAGUUCACUCCGAAUUGAAGGAAUGGGGGACGACCUGGUUCUGAAUUUCAACUCCAAUUCUUCGAACCAGUCCGAUCAAUCUGCGAAAAUGGCGAAACUUGAGGCUAGAUUGGUCGGCAAGGCCCCAUCUGCCGUUGCCUCGCAGCAUCAAGGUCCUGGGCAGCUGAAUUCGUGGUCUAGCACUGAUAAAUACCAGGACAUCUUGUUUGAUUAUCUGGUGGAUAGUGAUGAUUCUGAUGAUGAGGAUAAUGCUGGAGCUUUUCUCGUAAUAGCAAACCCCCAAAAAAGGCAAAAGGUUGAAAACGAUGCUCCUGCUGUAGGUGUUGAAUGUUCUGAGGGUGGUGAUACCUCUGGAAGCGUAAACCCGACAGCAACUGAUGUUGGGCAAAAGACCACAGAACAAAUAGAUGUGAACAGAGCAGGUGAUGUAAAUAAAAGAAAACAAGGCCGUGUAAGGGCAAGUUCUUCAGGUAGAGGUCGGGGCAGUCGAGGUAAAGACCAAGGAAGAAAUCAGGUCAUUUCUCCAUCUGCUGAUCAGGUUGCAAGCUCUCAUGAUAGGGACAAUUUCUCCACAGAGCAUCUUGGGCAGAAUGGUCAAAUCUCCACUGAGGAUGAAGCAUCUUCACUUCAAUUAAAAGUAUCUGUACUGGAGGGAGAGGUGAAAAAAUCGCGUGAGGAGGUUUCUUAUUAUCGUAGCCAAUGUGAAUAUAUAGAAAAGGAGCUGAAGGAUUUCAAAGAUAAUGAAAAACAGAUGAAGCCAAAGAAAAUGAAAGUUUUAUCAGAUCUAUUAAUAUCUGUUUCAAAAGCUGAGAGACAAGAAGCAAGGAUGAGAGUACGCCAGGAUUCCUUGAGACUUGGCAAUGUGGGUAUCAUAAGAGCUGGGACAGUCAUAUCUGAGACCUGGGAGGAGGGACAAGCACUGAAGGAUCUCAAUGUGCAACUUCGGAGUUUGUUGGAGACAAAGGAGGCUGUUGAAAGGCAGAGAAAAUCUCUAAAGAAACGCCAAUCAGAUAAAGUCGAUGCAGCUGAAAUAGAUGGCGGCGGGCUUCAGGAAGAAGACAUUCUAAUUCAGGAUGAAAUUUACAAGUCCCGCCUGAUGAGCCUCAAGCGUGAAGAGGAAGCUCUAAUGCGCGAAAGGGAUCGCUGUGAAUUGGAGAAGGGAAGGCUCAUUCGUGAAAUGAAACGUAUAAGGGAUGAGGAUGGCUCUCGUUUUAACAGUUUCCCAAUACUGAAUCAUCGUUAUGCUCUGUUGAACCUUCUCGGUAAAGGGGGAUUCAGUGAGGUUUAUAAGGCUUUCGACUUGGUGGAACACAGAUAUGUUGCUUGUAAGCUUCACGGUUUGAAUGCUCAGUGGAGCGAAGAAAAGAAGCAAAGCUACAUUAGACAUGCCAUCCGGGAAUACAACAUUCACAAAACACUGGUUCACCAUCAUAUAGUUCGACUGUGGGACACAUUUGAGAUUGAUCAGAACACCUUCUGCACCAUCUUGGAAUACUGUGGUGGCAAGGAUUUAGAUGCAGUUCUUAAAGCGACGCCCAUAUUGCCAGAGAAAGAAGCUAGGAUUAUCAUUGUCCAGAUAUUUCAAGGCCUCGUGUACCUAAACAAACGACCCCAGAAAAUAAUUCAUUAUGACUUGAAGCCAGGAAAUGUUUUGUUUGAUGAAUUUGGCAUUGCUAAGGUCACUGAUUUCGGCCUCAGCAAGAUUGUGGAGGACGACGUCGGAUCCCAGGGCAUGGAACUUACAUCUCAGGGUGCUGGGACAUAUUGGUAUCUUCCCCCGGAAUGCUUUGAACUGAACAAAAUUCCUCUCAUAUCCAAUAAGGUUGACGUAUGGUCGGCAGGAAUUUUGUUGUACCAAAUGUUGUUUGGGAGACGGCCAUUCGGGCAUGAUCAGACACAAGAACGGAUUCUGCGCGAAGACACUAUCAUCAAAGCCCGGAAAGUCGAAUUCCCUACAAAGCCAUCUGUAUCAAAUGAGGCAAAAGAUUUCAUUCGUCGAUGUUUGACAUAUAAUCAAGCGGAGAGACCCGAUGUUUUGUCCAUUGCGCAAGAUCCAUAUCUCAACUACACCAAGAAAUGAUUCGAACAAAACUUAGCUACACUCAUCAAAUUGAGCUAUGUGGCUAUGAAGAUACUAUCUAUACUAUCUUACAAACUUUCUACAGAAAACUCGAGGUGAUAUUGGUAUAGUUGUAAGCUCGCUAUGUCCCUUUUGUUGUUCUUAGCUUGUGUUUGUCUAAAGUAAACCACAUAUGUUUUUGUAUUGUAUCGCAUCGACGAUUUGUUUCUUUUAUUUAUUUAUUUAUUUUUGAGUUUUA